UCCACAGAAUGAACUAUAAUUGUUCUCGAUUGGAAGUCGGUAUAGGAUUUUAGUUUCUCUCUCACUGGUAUUUCGUUUAAAUAAUGAAUAAUAAAAAAGGAUGGUGGAAAACAGGUAAUUUCAAAUGGAGUCGAAUUCUGUUGUGCAUUGUCCUACUUUUCGUUCCAAGCUGGGCCAGCAUUCCGUAUGAGGAAAUUAGAUAUAAACUUUUCGACGGUACCAAUCACAAUAUUGAGGCUGAAAUAUUGAAAUCGUUGCAAACGACAAAAAAUGUAUUUGCUAUACCAGAAGUUAAAAAUGCAGUGCUGCUUUCAUUUCUACCUGGACUUCUCUUUGAGGUGUGGGUACCGAUAUCAACUAUUAUAUUUGUUAUGGUAAAUCUUCUGGCGAAAGAGAGUGAUUGGCGGGACGCAUUUUCGAGAACAAUCGCAAGUGAACUGGAGCGUGGGAUAGCUUUAGGUCAUAUUUUGGCGAUGAAAGCGACAAUGGAGACAAUUAAUACAAAAUUUGAUUUACUGAAAGAGAACGAGGACAAUCCAGAAGAACUACGAAGGUCGAUCGCAAGCUUUAUUCAUAGAGAAUGCGACAUAAUGUUAAAUUUAUUUGCUGCUCCUGAUUCAUACGUCAAAAAGUCUCCACUUCUCGGAGCUCCACUGCUGAUCGAAUUGGCUCAAUUAGUCACACUUUUUCAGCCUAUUGCAAAGGCACUCAUCAGCAGAGAAGCAAAGAAUCCAGAUCUUAUAUGCAAAGCGAGAAAUAUCUUGGCAGACUACCGGCCUCGUACAAUUAAUGCUCGACUCGAGAAACUACAUGAAAAUUCUACCAAAGCACUUGUGAGAUAUAUAAACGAGUUAAGUCCAAAACUAUCCGAGGUGAUGUCAAUUGCAUAUAAUCAAUAUGGUUACAAUAAGACAACACCUGCCACUAUAAAUUGUCAAAAUCGUUGUAAUAGCAAUGAUUGUUUAAGAGAUGAUUUUGGGGAUUCUUAUCGUGUACCUCCUUGGUCAUGUGCGGAAGACUACGCCUUGUUUCUGAGACACCGCAUUGAAGAGAUGUUUAACAUCGACUUACUGGACAGUUUAUGCGUUGACAAACCAACAGCAACAGGUUUCGGCUGGCUAACCAUUAGGAUCAGGGAGUUGAGAGGAAUUAAAUUAUCGAACGACAAAAUUUGUGAACAUUUUAGUCCAUGUGAUCCCUUCAUAAGGCUGACAAUUGGCGGCAACCUGUUCGAAACGCAAUCUAAAACAGAUACUUAUACGUUUGACGUAGAUGUUGUCUACACAUCGCCAAAAAUUUCUAAACAAUCAAUGAUGAAAGUUGAAUUGUAUGAUGAUGACGGUGAUGACAACCCAGAGUUAAUCCUUAGAGCAGAAGGAAACAUUGACUCAUUCCUGAGAAGGGGAUUUAGAAGCUUUCCAGUUGUUCAUACAACUACUAGUGGAAGAAAUAUACAGCUUAGCAACUUUGUUGAUACCGUUUCAUUCUGGCAAGAUGAAUACGAUUACAAAAAUGUAUCCAAACAAAUAAAUUGAUUGAAGUCAUGCUCAGUCUACAAGACUCAGCAGUGUGAUUCUUGAUAUGAGACUUUGCAUUGAUUAGAGUUCUACAUUUUAUCGAUUAAAAUACCAACGAUAAUAUUAAACUGCAAGCUUGAAAGCAACUG